AGCCAGCACCCAGGGCUGAUCUAAUCAGCCGAGACGAGGCUAUUGACUUUGCUCUUGAGAACACGGGAGGCUUGUUUACGUCCCGCCCGUAGAUCCAGCAGGGACUUCGGAUCUGCUGCCUAGAUUACAAGCCCCAGCUUCAAUGCACUUCUGUCUCUGCAGCCCUUGGGGAGCCAGCCCCGUCCCAGCUGUCUCCAGCGGUAAUCGGAGCAGUGCCCAGCUUGGUUACCAGGCCCUGAGACAGACGGAGGCUUGUCUCUUUGAGAACCGUCUUUUACAGAUCCGAGAGACCGAAGUCAUCGACCCCCAAGACCUCCUAGAAGGCCGAUACUUUUCUGGAGCCCUACCAGACGACGAGGAUGUUGGGGGGCCUGGGCAGGAACCCGAUGAUUUUGAGCUCUCUGGCUCUGGAGAUCUGGAUGACUCAGAGGACCCCCAGAUCUUCCCCGAAGUAAUCCAACCCCUGGUGCCUCUCGAUAACUUUAUUCCUGAGAGGGCAGGGCCUGGGAGUUGGAUCCCCACCGAACCUAAGGAAUUGGAGGAGAAUGAGGUCAUCCCAAAAAGGAUCUCACCCUUUGAAGGGGACGAGGACCUGUCCAACAAGGUGUCCAUGUCCAGCACUGCGCAGGGCAGCAGCAUCUUUGAGAGGACAGAGGUUCUGGCAGCUCUGAUCGUGGGCGGCGGCGUGGGCAUUCUCUUUGCUGUUUUCCUGGUCCUGCUGCUGGUGUACCGCAUGAAGAAGAAGGAUGAAGGCACCUAUGACCUGGGCAAGAAACCCAUCUACAAGAAAGCCCCUACCAACGAGUUCUAUGCCUGAAGCGCCCGCCUGGCCACCGGCUUGGACCUCCGUGGGAAAGGAAGCCGAAGGAUUUGGGAGGGUGGACGUUAGGGUAGGGGGAGGGCAACCUAAUACUGACCUGUCCGCAUCUCCAGCUCUGAUUAUGUUUCAAGCGUCAGAAGAGACAUCAUCUUCUGUUCCUGCCUGCCUCUUCUUGAUUCUCUGCCUCGGUUGUCCCGGCAGAAAAAUAGGGUUACACUUGGCCUUGCUAAAGGCAGGUCUGGGAUUGGAUCAUUUCUUAAUCUUACACUUAAAAUGUGGGCCCAGCUUACACCCUGUCCUGAACAUGCCUCACCCAGAGCCCCUCUGAAGCUGGGACAGGAGUCCUGCUGGGGCUCUGCCCCCAGUGGGCCUUCUCCCUCCCUCUUGUGAAAAGGAGCCAGGAGAAGGAACUAGAACCAUCUGUACCUUGAGAUGUGUCCAUCAAAGGGCACUUGUGAUCACACUACAGGAGUCUGUGGUAUACCUUGGGCCAUUCUCGGCUCUUUCAAGUGACUUUCUGGAAAUCAACCUUUUUUAUUUGGGGGAGGGGAUGGGGAAGGAGGGAGGGUGGGAAGAAGAACUGAAAGUUCAUACUGAAGUGGAUUUGCAGAGUAUUUGCAAAUCUAUCUUAAGUGGGGUAUUUUUUUCCGAAUGGUUCAGUCCUUGGUGCAGAGCCUCUGCCUGGGCAAGAGUGUGCCGAUGCUGAGAUGUCCUCCGCUCUCUUGCACUUUCCGCAGGACCUGCGAAGUUUGUAUUUAAUGGCUUUUUUUUUUUUUAUUUUUUUUGAAAAUGAGAGAAGAGACGGAGACAUGAUUUUUAUUAUUAUUAUUAUUAUUUUUUACUAUUUAUAGCUUCAGACAGGGCCCUCCUCCUCUUUUUCUUUAAAUAUCCCAUUUUUUUUUUUUUUUUUUUUUAAUACUUAACACUCCCCCAGCUCAUGACCUUGGCCCUUGCUGAAGCUGCUUCCUCUAAGAAGUAGCUUUUGCUGAAACUUUUCUAGCAGAUCCCAAAAUAUAAUGUUAGGGGAUGGUGGGAAUAUUUGUGUCUCUUCUUGUAAUAUAUUAUUAUUCUUCCUUGGUUCUAGAAAAAUAGAUAAAUAUAUUUUUUUCAGGAAAUAGUGUGGUAUGUCCCAUUUGAAGUUGGCUGGAUGGUUGAGUGAGUGGAUUUUUGUUUGGCUGAGUGGGUUUUUGCCACUCUCUCUCUCUCUUCUCUCUCUGUUCCUGGUGCCUUCUCCCGAUUGGGCUGGAGUAGUUGAGGGUAGACAGUUCUACCUUCUUUCUAGCUUCUGCUUUGAGCCCAACCGGUGUUCCUUUGUUUGCUCUCUCCAAAUUUAUGAGAAAAUUGGAGAGCUGUGCUAUCCGCUGUGGUGGCCACCGGCCACAUGUGGCUCUUCAAAUAUGUGAAAAUCACCCAAAGUUCAAAAUUCAUUCCUCAUUUACACUAACCACAUUUCAUGUGCUCAUUUGCCACGUAUGGUUCGUGGCUGCUAUAGUGAACACGCAGGUAGGGACCAUGUCAGCCUGUUCAACCGCAGUGCUAGAGAACUAAACUGGCUUAACACGUCCCAGCCCCAGCCUUGUGGGGUUGACCUUGGUCUCCCUGGGCAAAGGGGGGUGGGGGUGGGGGAGGACUGACGGGGCCCUGGCUCUGGAUCUUGUUAUUGGUGACUGCCCCCCCCCCCCCCAAAGAAGAGGCCUGGUGGCUUAGCCUGGGCAGACUGCAUCUUCUCCUGACCCCACUGGCUGGGGUAUGGGGGGAGUCGCGCUUGCCUCCUGCACCCUUCACCCUUCACCGCCACAACCCAGGGUCCCAGCUGGCUGGGUCCUCUGCACUGCCCUCCCCACCAACCCCUCUGGUUUUCCUCUGGCUAUGUUGGGAGUGAGCACCUCUUGGAGCCACCUCACACUGUUGUCUGUUACUUAAUUUUUUUUUUUUUUUGAUAAGAAUAAAAUCUGGUACUUUCUAGAU